AUGGGUCUGUUCGAUCAAGUGAAGAAAUUUGCCUCAGGCAACAAUAACAACAAUGACAACAACAACAAUGGCAAUGACAAUUCCAACAAUAACAAUGACAAUUCCAAUAGUAACAAUGAUGACUUUGUUACAAAGGCAGAAAAUUAUGUUGGACAAGACAAAGUAGAUCAAUUCAAAAACAAAAUUGGUGAAGAAAAUUUCAAUACUUUAGAAUCAAAGGUUCGUGAGCAAUUCUCAAAGACUUCCUUGAACGAUAAGAACGAUUCGUAUGGAUCUUCUAACAAUAACGGCUCUUAUGGUAACAGCAACGAUAACAACAACAACAAUGAUGCUUAUGGAUCAUCUAACAAUAAUUCUUAUGGAAAUGACAACAGUGAUUCUUACGGCUCCUCUAACAAUACCGAUGCUUAUGAUUCUUCUAAUAAACAAUCUUCUUACGGUAACGACAACGAUGAUUCAUAUGGCUCAUCUAACAAGAAGUCCUCUUACGGUAAUGACAACGAUGAUUCAUAUGGUUCUUCUAACAAGCAAUCAUCCUACGGUAACGACAACGAUGAUUCAUAUGGUUCUUCCAACAAGCAAUCAUCCUACGGUGACGACAAUGAUGAUUCAUAUGGUUCUUCAAACAAGAAAUCGUCAUAUGGCGAUGAUUCAUAUGGAUCUUCCAACAAGCAAUCAUCCUACGGUAACGACAACGAUGAUUCAUAUGGCUCAUCUAACAAGAAGUCCUCUUACGGUAAUGACAACGAUGAUUCAUAUGGUUCUUCUCACAAGCAAUCAUCCUACGGUAACGACAAUGAUGAUUCAUAUGGUUCUUCAAACAAGAAAUCGUCAUAUGGCGAUGAUUCAUAUGGAUCUUCUAACAAGCAAUCAUCCUACGGUAACGACAACGAUGAUUCAUAUGGCUCAUCUAACAAGAAGUCCUCUUACGGUAAUGACGACGAUGAUUCAUAUGGUUCUUCCAACAAGCAAUCAUCCUACGGUAACGACAACGAUGAUUCAUAUGGCUCAUCUAACAAGAAGUCCUCUUACGGUAAUGACAACGAUGAUUCAUAUGGUUCUUCCAACAAGCAAUCAUCCUACGGUGACGACAAUGACGAUUCAUAUGGGUCAUCUAACAGUAACACUUAUGGAAACAAUAACGAUGAUUCCUACGGUACAGACAGAAACAGUUAUGGAAACUCUAAUCAAAAUUCUUAUAGUAAUGACAAUAAUGAUUCAUAUGGAAGAGGAAAUGGAAAUAGCGGUAACAAUUCCUCUUAUAAUAAUGACUAUUAA